AGGACGCCACAGCCAUGGUGGCGGCGUCUGGCCAGGACGCCACAGCCAUGGUGGCGGCGUCCUGACCAGACGCCACCCCUACUUUUCGUAAUUUUUCCCCCGGAUUAUCUCGCUUUCCGGCGACGAUGACGGCUCUUCGGUGUCCCUCGGCGAUCCACUCCAGCUCCACAUUUUUCGUGAGAGUGAAUUACGGUUUUGGUAAAAAUUAGAAAAAGGGCAAAAGAGUCAAAGUAAAAAUAUUUGUGGGCUUUAUGUGGAGAUUUGCGGGCGACAUUUAACAAAUCCCUUAUUCUUCAUGGUUAAAUUAUGAAGACCAAAGUCAAUUUUGCUUGUUCUUUUUACUUGUUUCUUAAUUUGGGCUAACCAAUCAAAGUUGAUUUGAUUAUGCUUAGCUCAAUAUCAAGCUUAUCUCACUCCUUAACGGCUAAGAAUUGAUGACUCAAAGUCACUUUUUGCUUCCUUAUAAUUGGUUGUCGUCUAAUACUCAAGCUUAUCACUUUAGCAAACUUCAUCUUAUGAUUCAUACCCUUAAUUUCUUUCAAGUUCCUGGAAUAAAAAUACUCCAUAUAUAUUUAACGUAUUACCGUACGUGCAUAACUACCGCGGCUAUCACGGCUCUUCCCUUUGCUUGAAAUGGUUGUGGUCAUCUCUUUCCUUGCCACCAAGCUCACGCACCGCAGCCACGUACUCUUCUCCUUCCUCCAUUCAUGGCAUGCUUGGUGAAACUAAGAAUGGUCUUUGAGACUACUCUGUACACGUGAAACCAAAUCAUGGUAAUGAGGAAUUAAUGAUGGAGGUUGAGAGUUCAGAUGAUAAAUAUGGAAAAAUAAGCGAGAUGAUGAUUAAGGAUGAUCAAAUGAGGUAAUCAUUAUGUCUAGCAAUUGUGUCUAGUCAUGUAUAUGUAAAUAUUAUAUAUGUCUAGCAACUAUUUUUAGUCUCAUAUGUGUGUCAAUUAUGUCUGGUUAUUGUGAAUGCAUGUGUGUAAUUUUAAAUGGCAUGUUGUUGUAUCACAUGUAUGUCUGUAUGAUAUGCUUGACAUGAUAUGAUUUAAAAGUGUGUUAUGUACAAAUGACAUGACAUGACAUGACAUGACCUUUUAUAUCCAUGCAUUGUAUAUAUUUUUAAUGAGUUAUGAUGUGAUAAACAUGUUUAUUGAUGUAUUUUAGCAUUAUGAUUUAUAUUAAUGAUUUUAUAUAUACAAUGUUCAAUUGAUUUGUGGGUCUCCCGAAAGUAUGUUAAUAAUCAACGAAUAACUUAUUAUAAGGUAAAUAACUUAAUAAAUGAAAGUAAAAAAUCUGGCGCGUCUAGCAGUAUGUGUUAUGUUUCGGUCAUGCAAUGCAUGUACCCAUGGGGCACCAACCCAAAUAUGUCGAGCACCUGCUCUAUGUUAUGGGCACCGGCCCAUCGCGGAAGACGUUCUGCCAUGUCAUAUUGUCCAGCGACUAGCAUUUCCACCAAAAAGAUUACGAAUUCCUGAAUUAUAUUAAAGGACUUAUGAGAACUCACAAGGAUACUCUAUUGAUGAGUAUUAUAAUAUGUUGAUAUGUACGAUAGUUUAUAUACAUGUCUUACCAUCAUACAAGGUGAUAAGAAUGCUAUGAACGACAGGUUUUUCUAGUUAUUUUGUUAAUUAUAAAUUAUGUGUGUGUGAUCUGUUUUGCUAAUGUCCCUGUUAAGUUUAACAAUAAUGAUUAUUUUACUCAAUUAAGUGCUACGAAUGAAUGAUUAUGAAAUGUGCCAAUGUGCUAUGAAUUUUUAUGAAGUUAUACAGUUGUUUAUUUAAUAUAAUACAAUAGAUGUAACUUUUGUCGACAUUGGAAAGUGAACUGAAUGUGGAAAAUAGGCGACUUACAGGUGGAGGAAAGUAUGUUAAUGAAAGGGGGAAACAUUCCCACACGAAUGAAAGUUAUGUUAUGUCCAAAACCUGUAAUUACCUAUAAUCUUACGUAAAGGGAAUGAUCCUUGCCGACACAGUUUUUUAAAAAAUAAUGAUGUUAGAUUAUUUUUGAACAACUUUGUAUGUAUGAUAUAUGCUCAAAUGAUUUUGAAAGAAAAACUACUUUUACAGGCUAGAGUAAUGUUACUGAGUUUUCCACAAAUUUUUGGAAUUUCCUGUAUUUUGUUUGUUUUCUAUUUUUAUGGAUAACUAAAGGGAUAAUAAUGACGGAGCUGAAGUUAAUCAAAAGUAAAAGCAUUAAAGGAGUUUACUUAGUUUAGGGAAUAUGGAAUCAAAGCUUAUUUAUUAUCAAUCAUCGAGAGCUGAGAUAGAUUGAUUAUUGUUUUAUUACAGUAAGGAAGACUGGAGUUGUAUUUUUUAUUGAAUAUUCUCCUUAAGAAGUAUGUUUAUUUAUGGGCCCAUAACCCAUAGGUGGCUAUGAGAUUAUCUAUAUAUAAUUGAUUUCGCUUUGUAUGAAGAGUAAAGAAUGGUUUAUCUAUUGUUAAUUAAUUCCGUUGCGAAUGACGAGUUAAAUACGGUCCGAUGACGUCGAUUAAAAGUCAAGGCGUUACAGUUUGGUAUCAGAGAAAAACUCUACCGGAAGUGCGGGUCGUAGACUCGCACCGCCAGAGUAUAAUCUUAAGGAUACAGAAGUUGAUUUUUAGGUUAUUGAAGAGUAUCUUUGAGAAAUGAAAUUAAUUUGAGGUUAUAAUUUUUGGGACUUGGAAAAUGAUUAGUGGGACAUGGAAGUCCAUCUUUGGGAUAUGAAUAUGAUUUGAGGUUAAGAAUUUUGGGAUAUGAACUUGAUUUGAGGUUUGAGUAUCAUACUUGUUAUUAGAUUUAAGUUAGAGGAUUUAAUUCAUAAGUAAUGUUAUAAUUUGAUUUAUGAGGUAAUAUUAGUUACAGUGAUUCUAAGUUAUGAAAUGCCAAGUUUUGAGGACAAAACUCUUUAUAAGGGUGUAAAGAUGUAAUACCCGAGAUUUUAAAACAUGAUUUAUUAUGCUCUAAUCUAUAUUAAAAGCUUGAUUAAGUUUUAAUCUCUAUUUUAACCAGUAAGAAUGUUUUAGUCUUAACUUUUAUUUUAAGAUUAUAUAAUCCCGGAAGCAAAUUUUUUUAAAGGAAAGUAAUUUAUUCCAAAAUUUAUUCGGGUAAAAUGAUAUUUUUAUGUUUGGUAAAAUAUUUAAAAAUUUGCAUCAAAACCUAUAUUUUUACGGACAGUAAAAUUACAAACAUGAUUUGCUCGCCAAAAGAGACGAAACCCACCUCUUGUUUCUUCAUAUCCCUCGCAGUUAUGAUAUUGAUGAUACAAAGUCUAAUUUUUAUUCUUUAAUAAUUAGUUGCUCAUAACCCCAUGAUUAUCACAAUAGCAAUUUGUUCUUAUCAUCAUUUUUUGUUAGACUUUAUAUAUAUUUGUAAAAUAUAUAGUUUACUUUAUUGGGCUUCCAACCCUAUUAGGCAUUAUGUAUAUAUACUCUUGUGUAUAAUGAGAAAACGACGGAAUUGAUUUCCUUCAUGGUAUCAGAUACUCUUUCGAUCCUUUCCUCCUAACCCUAGCCGCAUCUCUCUUCUUCUUCUCCAAUAAUCUUCUUCUUCUUCUCUCUUUCUCAUGGCAGACACACCUAAGUUUCAUCCUGCGCUCACCGUCACUAAUGUCAAGUCUUUAAUUCCCAUUACAUUAGACAAUGAGCAGAGCUUGUAUCAUUCUUGGGCUACGUUGUUUACAAAUCUUGUUAGGGUUCAUGAUCUUUAUGAUCAUUUGGUUCCACCAACGGAGGCAACGGCCAAGGCUGCAUAUGAUGCGGCUAAGAAGGCUGAUCCGAUCUCCUGGAAGCGAUUAGAUGCUGUUGUGUUGCACUGGAUUUACAACACCAUUUCUCCCGAUCUUCUCAAUGCCGUUCUCAAACGCGAAGACACGGCAGAAGGGGCAUGGAAGCGUCUUGAAUCCCUUUUCCAAGAUAACAAAGCUUCUCGCGCUACCCAUCUUGAGGAGGAUUUUGCUAAUGCUCUGUUCGAGGAUUUCAUCUCGAUCGAUAUUUUUUGCAAUCACCUCCAAUCUCUGGCGGACAGGUUGGCUGAUGUUGAGGCUUCGGUCACUAACGGGCGUUUGGUUUUGCGUCUCACGGGUUCCUUACCUGAGGCGUAUAGUGGUACGGUAGACUACAUACAAAAUCAAGAGCCUUUGCCUUCAUUUGAAAGUUGUCGUUCGAGGUUGAAAAUGGCAGAGCGUACUAUUAAAGCACGUCUGGCUCGUGAAAAUGGUGGUUCUGGGGGCCGUGCCGGGGGUGCCGCUUUAGUUGCGUCCGACUCUUCUCAAAAUGAUUCCUCUUCAAGAAAAAAUCGCAACAACAACAAAGGCAGGAACAAGAACAAUGGGAAGAAAAGGGGCAGCAGUCAAAUGGGUCAAACUCCAGUCAACCGCCACAUCAGCAGCCAUAGUGGCAACAGCAGCCACGUCAGCAGGGGCCACCUCAGCAGGGGCAAUGGCCACAGUGGCAACCGGGGUGGGGUGGAUGGACAAUUCCACCAUGUCCAUAUCUUGCUUUCUCUUAGCAACCAAGGCCAAACUAUGCGGCCCAACGCUCUUCUAAUGGGCCAGGUGCGCUUGGGCCUAGACCUCAAGCAUACAAUGCGAGUGUUCCAGCUUCUUCUCCUUCCACAGUCAGCUACACUCCAACAGACAUUGAGGCCGCAAUGCAUGCUCUUUCAUUCUCUCAGCCUGAUGGGAAUUAUUAUAUGGAUACCAGCGCAACGUCUCAUAUGACGGCGGAUGCAGACGGGGAUCAGACUAAUGAGAUGUGACAGUACCGGGGAUCUUUAUCCACUUUUCUCUAAUACUCAAGCCAAUCACUCAAAUCAGUCAGCUUUUACUACAUUCUCUACCGAUCUUUGGCACAAUCGUUUAGGUCAUCCUGGCGAUGCAAUUAUCAACACUCUUCGUAGUAAUAAGUUUAUUGAUUGUAAUAAGGCUUGUAAAUUUUUUUUCUCAUCAUGUCCUCUAGGGAAACAUUCUAAGUUGCCUUUCUAUGAUUCUUUAUCAUAUACUUUCUUACCAUUUGAUAUUAUUCAUAGUGAUCUUUGGACUUCUCCUAUUGCUAGCUCUUCCGGGCACCGUUAUUAUGUUCUUUUUCUUGAUGACUAUAGCAAAUUUUUGUGGACAUUUCCUAUUGCCAAUAAAUCACAGGUUAAACAAUUAUUUUUGUCUUUCCAUGCCCUUGUCAAAACUCAAUUUGAACGUCAUAUCAAAACAUUUUAAUGUGACAAUGGCAUCGAAUAUAUUAAUGGUACCUUUGAGCAGUUCUUUGAUUAACAUGGGUUACUCUUUCGUCUCUCUUGCCCUCACACAUCUCCAAAAAAUGGCAAAGCCGAAAGACACAUAAAAUCCAUCAAUAAUAUCAUUUGAACCCUUCUCUCUCAUGCAUCUAUGCCGCAAUCCUUUUGGCAUCAUGCACUCUCUAUGGAAACGUACCUUCUCAAUAUACACCCUACUAAGGUGUCAGAUAAUCUCUCUCCCACGCAAAUCCUCUAUCAAAGUGAUCAUUCUUACUCCGAUUUGCGUGUCUUUGGGUGUUUAUGAUUUCCCUUAUUUCCUUCUACUACAAUUCACAAAUUGCAGGAGAGAUCAACCCCUUGUGCUUAUUUAGGUCCGGCUUCUAAUCAUCGUGGCUCUAAGUGCUAUGAUAUGUCUAGUGGUAAAAUUAUAAUUUGUCGUCAUGUGCGGUUUGUAGAAACCGAAUUUCCAUUCUCCAAUCUACACAAACCCACUCCUUCAAGUUAUGAUUUUUUGAGUGACAAUGCCAUCCCCUCCAUAAUGCAUGCCAUCAAUCCAAACCCAAUACCACGACAACAUAAGCCUGAUCCAAUUCCUCAGCCCACUUCUCCAAAUUCUCAAACUGGGCCGCAGUCUCACACGGGCCCAGUUCGCUCUCUCUCUUCUACUUCACUUGGGCCGCAGUCUCACACGGGCCCAGUUAGCUCCCCCAAUGCUGCUCUCACUCCGGGCCCUGCUCCACAGCAGCCCAUGUUCUCCCCAACUCCUCUCAUGGACUCGUCAGCUUCCCCUAGCCCACAUUCUCAUGCUGAAAAUAUUCACUCACCAAUCUCUUCUCCUAGGCCCAUCAAUCCCAUGCUACACCGCAUGAAAACUCGUGCUAUCAAUGGUAUUUUCAAGCCAAAUCCGAAGUAUUCUUCCAAUUUUCACACCUCAACCACUACGGCUCUUUCCCCUAUUCCUAAAAAUCCCGUUAGUGCGCUCUGUGAUCAAAAUUGGAAAGAUGCAAUGUUGGAUGAAUAUAAUGCUUUAAUUGAUAAUAAGACUUGGGAUUUGGUGCCUAGACCACCCGAUGUGAAUGUUAUUCGGUCAUUGUGGAUUUUUCGGCAUAAGCAUAAAUCUGAUGGUUCUUUUGAGCGUUAUAAAGCUCGUCUUGUAGGUGAUGGUAAGACUCAGUAGCAGGGGAUCGAUUGUGAUGAGACGUUUAGCCCCGUGGUCAAACCUGCUACUAUUCGAACAGUGCUAAGUAUUGCUCUCUCCAAAGCUAGGCCUAUUCAUCAAAUGGAUGUCAAGAAUGCUUUCUUACAUGUUCAUCUUAAUGAAACUGUCUAUAUGCAUCAAUCCAUGGGUUUUCGUGAUAAAGAUCAUCCUGAUUAUGUCUUAUAUGGUUUGAAACAGGCCCCUCGAGCUUGGUAUCAACGAUUUGCUGAUUUUCUUGCUACUAUUGGGUUCACUCACAGUCAAUCAGAUCACUCUUUAUUCAUAUACAUGAAUGGUUCUGAUGUUGCAUAUAUUCUGUUGUAUGUCGAUGACAUUAUACUUACGGCCUCAUCUGAUCGUCAUCGUAAGCAUUUUAUGUCUCUCUUGGGUUCGGAAUUUGCUAUGAAGGAUCUAGGUCCUCUGAGUUUCUUUUUGGGGAUUGCUGUCACUCGCCAUGCCCAAGGUCUAUUUUUAUCUCAGAAGCAAUAUGCUGCCAACAUUAUUGAGCGUGCAGGGAUGUCGAACUGCAGUCCUAGUCCCACUCCGGUUGACACGAAGUCUAAGCUUAGUGCAACCGAUGAUACUCCUUAUGCUGAUCCGACUAUGUACCGUAGUCUUGCAGGUGCUCUUCAGUAUCUUACUUUCACUCGCCCUGACAUUUCUUAUGCUAUGCAGCAAGUUUGUCUUCAUAUGCAUGCUCCGACAAAUGAGCAUAUGAGUGCUCUAAAGCGUAUCAUACGCUAUAUUCAGGGUACUUUAUCUUUUGGUUUGCAUCUGUACGAGUCCGAUGUUGAUCGUCUUAUAUCGUAUACAGAUGUAGAUUGGGGUGGGUGUCCAGACACCCGUCGUUCCACCUCUGGGUACUGUGUGUUUCUUGGUGAUAAUCUUAUUUCUUGGUCUUCCAAACGGCAACCAACUCUCUCUAAAAGUAGUGCUGAAGCGGAAUACAGGGGCGUUGCUAAUGUGGUUUCUGAUUCAUGUUGGAUUAGGAAUUUAUUAUUAGAGUUACAUCGUCCCAUUCAGAAAGCUAUCCUGGUUUAUUGUGACAAUGUUAAAGCGAUAUAUUUAUCAGGCAAUCCAGUUCAGCAUCAGCGCACUAAGCACAUAGAGAAGGAUAUUCACUUCGUCCGUGAGAAGGUGGCUCGUGGUGAAGUUCGUGUGCUUCAUGUACCAUCCCGUUAUCAAAUUGCUGAUAUAUUCACUAAAGGGCUUCCGCGCGUACUAUUCAAUGAUUUUCGGGACAGUCUUAGCGUACGAGAAUCUCCCGCUACGACUGCGGGGGUUUGUUAGACUUUGUAUAUAUUUGUAAAAUAUAUAGUUUACUUUAUUGGGCUUCCAACCCUAUUAGGCAUUAUGUAUAUAUACUCGUGUGUAUAAUGAGAAAACGACGGAAUUGAUUUCCUUCAUUUUUUUCUUAAUAUUCUAGCAAUAAUACUUCACAAGGGAAUAAGAAGACAAAACCCACCUCUUACCUUCACCCCUUUAUUCUUCACGGCUAAAUUAUGAAGACUAAAGUCAAUUUAGCUUGUUCUUUUUACUUGUUUCUUAAUUUGGGCUAACCAAUCAAUAUCGAGCUUAUCUCACUCCUUCACGGCUAAGAAUUGAUGAUCCAAAGUCACAUUUUGCUUCCUUAUAAUUGGUUGUCGUCUAAUACUCAAGCUUAUCACUUUAGCAAACUUCAUCUUAUGAUUCGUACCCUUAAUUUCUUUCAAGUUCCUGGAAAAAUAAUACUCCAUAUAUAUUUAACGUAUCACCGUACAUGCAUAACUACCGCGGCUAUCACCGCUCUUCCCUUUGCUUGAAAUGGUUGUGGUCAUCUCUUUCCUUGCCACCAUGCUCACGCACCGCAGCCACGUACUCUUCUCCUUCCUCAAUUCAUGGCAUGCUUGGUGAAACUAAGAAUGGUCUUUGAGACUACUCUGUACACGCGAAACCAAAGAGAAUUUGAAGUAAGCGAUUUCUAUUAGUCAUGGCGAUUUUUAAAUCAUACUCAAGUGGAAGCAAGUAGAGAUAAGCUUUUCAGGUAUUGAAGCAUAUAUAUGACGGGGCUUGAGUGAACACCGAAUCAAGCUAGUUUCUAUUAGUUUACGACCUGUUUUAUGCAUUGAAUAUAUAUGGUGUUAUUUUAUAUAUGGACUAACCAAGGAUGUGGAUUUGGUUUGGUUUGAAUAAGCACCUUUAAUGGUUCCAAGUUGUAGUUUAAUUUUAAUUGACUUCGUUUGUUUUGGUUUUAAACUUCAUUUUUGUUUGUUGACUUUUAAGUUGACUUUUUUUUGAAUGGUUUUGAUUUUAAGUCUCCCGCUAUGUAUCUUUUCUAGUUGCCUUAGCCGUUUUAACGUUGGCGGUAAUGUCUUAGAUAUUCCUAAUUCGUAUUUUUAAAAGGGUAAAAGAGGUAUUUUAAGGAAAGGAAUUUCUAGGGUGUUACAAAGUGGUAUCUGGGAGCUUAGGUUGAGAUUUUAAAUUACCACUAACCCAAAAAUGUCUUUUUUUACUAUGUUUUAAACUUGGCCAAGUGCUAAUUUAAUUAUGCAGUGUUAAUUUUGUUCCAAUUUUUUUAAGUGGGACCGAAUAUUUUCUUUUUAUUUUAUUUUGAUUUGGAAAAAAAAUAUAUUUAGAAGACACUCGAAUUUUAUUUUAUUUUAUUUUGAAGUGUCCGAAUUUUUUUUGUUAAUAGGGCCGAAAUAUUGGCCCUUUUUCCCCUAAAUUUCAAAAAAAAUUUAAAGCAGGGUAAAAAUAAUUUAGUUUGUUAAUUUUUGCAGGAAGCAAGGAUUCAGGUCAGAAUUAUGCUUUAAAAGCUUUUAUUAAUAUGUUGGUGAGCUUGGGUAGGAAAAGAAAAGGGCAUAUAGGCUAAAAAUUUAGUUUCUUUCCUAUGUGCAUGAUUUUAUUUUGUGGUGUUCAAGCAUGUUGUAUGACUAGAUAUUUGUUGAUGAAAGCAUGCAAUAUGUGUAUUAUUACAUGUGAUAUUUCAAAAGUGUAUGAUUGAACACCAAACUUAAUUUCCUGCAAACACUGUGUUGUUUAUUUUAUUUUCUUUGGGAAGGGAAUUCUUUUCUAAGCCUUUUCCUCUACAGGAUGCCAAUCUUUCCUAGCAAAUUUACUCAAAUGGGAUCACUUGUUAAGAAACAUAAUGAACACUCCUACGACUUUGUAGAAAAGAUCAGAUACUUUUGUUCCUACAUGAACAAUGUCUUACGAGACAAAGUUUAUGACACUCCUGAUCGUAUUUCGGCUAUGAUUGUCCAUUUUCUUCCAGAGGAGCCUCCUUUAAUUUCUGUCAAAGAGAGAUUUUCUAAUUUUUACCUUCCAGGAGACAUUCCAAAUUAUUAUAAAUACAAAGAUUAUUAUGGCCAGUGGUAUCUAGAUUAUGCUUUCAUGACUAAUUAUCUCGUAAGAGUGCAAAAAGCUCAUUGUCAGCACUUAAAUCUUCCCUACCCUGACUACUACUAUGAUAAUCUAGUAGGGAACAAUCCUCCUCCUAAUCAACAACCAAGAAAUUCUUCUUCUUUGUCAAGGGGUAAUUAGGAAGAAAAUGGAGAACAACAAGAGGGAGAUAGUUCACUUAUGAAGAUUUCUAAUCCUAAUCCACCUCCUACUCCAAUAAUAAUAAAAAUUUCAUCUGAUGAGGAGGAAAAAGGGGAGUUUGUGCAAGUAGAACCUGAACCUGAGUCACAUGAACCAAUAGAGGAGACAAAUGAUUCUGACUUUGAUUCUUCAAGCUACAAAAAAUCCACUGACAAAAGGGAUAACGUCCGAAAGGAUUAAACUCCUAUAAUUUCUUUUCAGCAGGAACUCUUAGUUUAUUUUUAAUAUUGUCAUUAUUUACAGUCUAAGUAAUAAGUGGUAUGCCACAAGGAUUCAGUGAUGAACUUAUGAAAAUUCGUAAGUGAUUAAACUCAUUUAUAUUUCAGUAUUUUAUUCUUUCUUUACAUCAAUAAAAUUCCAUUUUAUUUCUUUAAUUCCUUCUUUCAAUUUAAUUCAUCCCAAUCACAAUAAAUAAUUCCAUCUCCAAUAUCUUUUCAUCACGUAUUACCAUCCUAAAUCUACAAACCUUCCUCCUAUUAAAUUUAAUUCAUAGUUUCAAGCCUUGAGGGUUCAUGGGAAUUAUUUUUUAUUUAUUUAUAUGAUGCUUUAUUAAAUGUAUGGUUGGUUAGCAAUCAAUAAUUAAUUGAUAAAGCUACGAAUUUCGGGAAUUCUACUACUUAUACCCCAAAAUUCACUAGCUUCAAAAUUAUUGUGAAUGUUUUAAGGAUAUUAAUGCAUAAUUGAGUGUAUGCCUUGGGAGCUAACCUAAUCCAUAUUUAAUUUAGAGCCUUAUUCUUUAAUUCAAGAGAAGAAAGAUGGCAGGGGGAAGCAACACUAACACCGAUGAAAACAAACUUAGUGAACUUAGUGCAGUUAGCAAGAAACUCAAAUGGUAAUGGGGAUGCCCAGGGGGAUCUUUUUAAGAGGGUGGCUCAUAGUAAGCCACUAACAUAUCAAGGAGAGCCUAAUCUUACUAUAUUGGAAAACUGGUUGAGGGUGUUUGAGAAGCUGUUUGGAGCUGUAGGAUGCCCUGAAAAUUCAAAAGUAAGUUGUGCUACCUACUAUCUGAGGGGUGAGGUUGACCUUUGGUGGAAACAAAAUGAAACUACAAUUAGAGCACUACCUGGAUUCAAUUAAGCUAAGUUCCAAGAAAAGGUGAGAGACAAGUUUUACCCUAUCUUUUUGCAAAAGGAGUUCUCAAACCUUAAGAUGGAAAAGAUGCCAGUUACUGAAUACUACACCAAGUUUAUUGAGUUGUCCCGUUUUGCUGAAGAGUCUGUUGCUAAAGAAAAGGCAAAGGCUAGAAAGUUUGAGAGUAGCUUGACUACUGAUUUGCAGUUAAAGCCGUGCGGGCAAGUGUUUGAGACCUUGGAUGAAGUAUAUGGAAGGGCCGCACACCUUUACGCAUUGGAGGAGAAGAAAAAGAAGGAGUUAGCUGAGAUAGAAGGAAGAGAGAAGAGGAAGGAGGUGGGGCAAGUUUUUGUUAACCAACAGGGAAACCAAAAUGGUUUUAAGAAGUAGAAGUACCACCAAAAUUACAAUAACUUCCACAACAGUAACAACUUCUAGGGAAAUAAUCGUCAGGGAGGACGUAAUAACAAUGUAGGGGCUAGAAACCAUAAUCAAGGGAAUAACAAGAAUGGGAGGACUUAUUAUUGUAAGAGGUGUAGAAAUAAUCACCUUGGAAAGGAUUGCAAAGGCAAUUUGCUUGCUUGUAGCGCUUGUAAUAAGCUUGGGGCAUAGGGAAUAUAAGUGUUUCUCCAACAAUACUAAUGGGAACAGGAAGAACAACAAUAAUUCAAGAGGAAACUAGAGGAAUUUCCAAGGGAACAACAAAAACUUUACUGAGAAUAAGGGAGUGCAACAAAAUGGGGUGAAGAGCAAUAACAAUAACAGUGGGAACAAUCAACAGAAAGGUGGAGCUGCAGGGAAACUGAAUGUUUUGAGUAAGCAUGAGGCGAAUUCCACAAAAUAUGUGAUCACUAGUACUUUUUUUAUGAACUCUAUUCCUGUUAAAGUAUUGUUUGAUUCUGGUGCAACUUUUUCUUUUGUUUCUAAGGGUAUUGUUUCAAAACUUAAAGACUUCUUAAACACAGUAGAAGUAGUUGACCUACCUGUAACUAUACCUACGGGUGGGGUAGUGAAAUGAACCAAAACUUUUAGAAAUGUACCUUUAGAAAUAGAAGGGAUGGUAUUCUUGUCUGACCUCAUUGAGUUUGGGUUGAGUGACUUUGAUCUCAUUUUAGGAAUGGACUGGUUGAGUAAGUUUAAUGCUGAGAUAAGUUGUAGGUCAUAGAAAGUGAAGAUGGUCACAAGUGGAAAUGAAUCAGUGACUUACUGGAUGCAUGGUGAAACCAAGUGCCCAAGGUUAAUAACAAUGCUAAAAUUAGCAAAGUACAUGAAGAAGGGGCAUCCAGUAUAUUUCUGUAAUGUUAGAAAUAUGGAUCAUGAACAGGUGACGAACUUAGAGGAUAUAGAAGUAGUCAAUGAAUUUCCGUAUGUAUUUCCAUAGGAGAUUCCUAGAAUGCCACCUAACAGGGCAAUAGACUUUACUAUAGAUUUAGUUCCUGGAACAGCCCCAAUAUCCAAGGCACCAUAUCGAAUGGCACCUGCAGAAAUGAGUGAGUUAAAGGAGUAAUUGCAAGACUUGUUGGAUAAGGGACACAUUAGACCAAGCGCUUCUCCUUGGGGAGUGCUAGUGCUAUUUGUGAAGAAGAAAGAUGGGAGUAUGAGGUUGUGCAUUGAUUAUAAGGAAUUAAACAAAGUGACCAUAAAGAACAAGUACCCCCUACCAAGAAUCGAUGAUUUGUUUGAUCAAUUAAAGGGUACCACAAUGUUUUCGAAGAUUGAUUUGAGGUCGGGGUAUCAACAAUUGAGGAUUGCAGAUGAGGACAUCCCUAAAACUGCGUUUAGGAGAAGAUAUGGACACUACGAGUUUACAGUUAUGCCAUUUGGAUUGACAAAUGCUCCUGCAAUCUUUAUGAAUUUGAUGAAUAGGGUGUUUCAUCAAUUUAUGGAUAAGUUUGUAGUUGUGUUUGUAGAUGAUAUAUUGGUGUAUUCGAAAAGCAAAGAGGAACAUGCAGAACACCUAAGGGCAAUUCUACAAGCACUAAGGGAAAAUCACCUUUACGCAAAGUUUUCUGAGUGUGAGUUUUGGUUAGAAAAGGUAGAAUUUUUAGGCCAUUUUGUGUCCAAGGAUGGAGUAGAAUUAGACCCAGCCAAAAUAGAAGCUGUUAAGAGUUGGCCUACACCAUAGACAAUAUCGGAUGUGCGGAGCUUCUUAGAUUUAGCAGGGUAUUAUAGGCAUUUUUUUAAGGACUUUUUAAAGAUUUCUAAACCUAUGACCACUCUAAUGAAGAAAUACAAGAAGUUUGAGUGGGAUGACAAGUGUGAAGAGGUGUUCCAACUCUUGAAACACAAACUAGUUAUAACACUAGUGCUUACACUACCAGAUGAUAGUGGAAUGUAUAAUGUGUAUAGUGAUGCAUCAAAGAAUGGUUUAGGGUGUGUGCUUAUGCAAAAUGGAAAGGUGAUUGCAUAUGCAUCGAGGCAGUCAAAGACCCACGAAGUGAAUUACCCAACCCAUGAUUUGGAGUUAGCUGCAAUCAUUUUUGCACUAAAGAUUUGGCGCCAUUACCUAUAUGGAGUGAAAUGUAGAAUUUACACAGAUCAUAAGAGCUUAAAGUACAUUUUCACCCAAAGGGAUUUAAACUGUUGUCAAAGAAGAUGGUUGGAGUAUACGACGGAUUAUGACUUAGAUAUACAAUACCAUGAGGGGAAAGCGUGCGUAGUUGUAGAUGCUCUAAGUCGUAAAUCUAGUCAUGGAUUAAACACAUUAGUAGUAGCUAAUGAGUUGUAUAGAGAAAUGAUGAAACUGAAUUUAGAAGUUGUAGAAUGGGGUGUACCAGAAGGUAUUCUUGCGAACCUAAGCAUCCAACCAACAAUAUUAGAUGAGAUACGAGCAAACCAAGAGGGGGAUGUGAAGUAGGACAGGAUUCACGAGAAAAUUAAUCAAGGAAAAGCUACAGACUUAAAAUUCAUGAAGAUGGGAGUUUGAGAUACAAAGGUAGAUGGAGUGUACCACAGAAUUGUGAAGAAGUAAAAAGAAAGUUGAUGGAAGAAGGCCACAAUACACCAUAAUCAGUACACCCAGGAGGGGACAAGCUAUAAAGGAUUUAAAGAAGAUGUUUUGGUGGCCUAGAAUGAAAAAUGAGGUUGCAGAGUUUUUGGAAAAGUGUUUAACAUGCGAAAAGGUGAAGAUAGAACACAAGAGACCUCAAGGGACUGUGCAAUCAUUGGAAAUGCCAGGAUGGAAUUGGGAUUGCAUUUCAAUGGAAUUUGUAACUUGCCUUCCUAAGUCAAGUAGUGGAAAUGACACCAUUUGGGUAGUGGUGGAUAGACUUACAAAAUCUGCGGUGUUUAUACCAAUGAAAGAGAGUUGGAAGAUGGAGCAACUUGCGAAAGGUUACAUCAAACAUGUUGUGAGGUUACAUGGGGUUCCAAAGGACAUAGUGUUUGAUAGAGAAUCAAGGUUUCUUUCAAAACUCUUGAUAAGUCUACAGGAAAAUUUUGGUACAACCCUUAAGAUGAGUACGACAUUUCACCCUUCCACAGAUGGACAAACCGAGAGAACCAUUCAAACCUUGGAGGACAUGCUGAGAGCCUGUGUUAUAGACUUCCAAGGAGGAUGGUAAGAUAGCUUGGACUUAAUUGAAUUUUCCUACAACAAUAGUUAUCAUGCGAGCAUAGAAAUGGAUCCAUUUGAGGCCUUGUAUGGGAGGAAGUGUCGUAGUCCAAUUUGUUGGAACGAUAUUAGUGAAAGUAUGAUUCUAGGGCCUCAAAUGAUUGAGGAUACAAUAAAUCAAGUAAGGGAAAUUCAAGCCAAAAUUCAAGCAGCUCAAGAUCGCCAAAAAAGCUAUGCAGACUUGAAGCGUAGAGAAGAAGAGUUCGAAAUUGGUGAUAAAGUAUUGUUAAAGGUGUCACCAAUGACAGGAGUGAUGAGAUUUGGGAAGAAAGGAAAGCUCAACCCAAAGUAUAUUGGUCCAUAUGAAAUACUACAAAGAAUAGGCAAAGUAGCUUAAAGGUUAGCCUUACCUAUAGAGCUUUGUAAAGUACAUGACGUAUUCCAUGUGUCCCUAUUGAGAAGGUACAUUGCUGAUAAAUCCCAUGUGUUACAACCCAAAACCAUUGAAUUAGAUCAAAGCUUAACUUGUGAAGAAAGACCUGUCAAGAUUCUUGACAGUAAAGUACGUAGUACACGCAAUAAUAAUGUUAAGAUUGUAAAAGUGCUUUGGUCUAACCAAGAAUAUAAGGAAGCCACUUGGGAAGCAGAAGAUGAAAUGAAAAAGAAAUACCCAGAGUUGUUUCAGGUAUGUUGAGUUAUGGGGGCGUAACUCGUUUUCUUUAAGGGGGUAGAAUGCGGUAGAAUUUCGCGCUUUUCCCUAUAUUUUAAGUCAUUUUGUGUGUUUGCAAAAUUUUUACCAAGGAUUUUGAAAAGUUGUGCUCUCAAAGAGUAAACGAAUGACAAAAGGUAAAACAAUAUUAUACAAAAAGAGGAAAAAUUUUGAAUUUCGUUCCCGAAACUUUUUUUUAAGGGGGAUAGACUAUAACACCC